AUGGCCACUUCCAUUCGCCUCCGCCGGCUUGGAGCCAUCGCGGUGGCCGCCGGCGCAUCCUACACUCUCCUACGUGACCCCCACCUUGCCUCCAGCGACAAGGGCAAUUUUUCCGCGCUCGAGGUAGUCAAGAAUAAAAUUGCCGACCCAUUUGCCGUUGUCCCCGGCCGAGCUGUUCAGGAGUCGGCUCUUAUGGGUGCCAGUUCGGCUAAUCCUCUUGACGUACUAGUUAUCGGCGGCGGUGCCACCGGCUGCGGCGUCGCCCUUGAUGCUGCCACCCGUGGCCUCCGAGUUGGGCUUGUUGAGCGUGAGGAUUUUUCUUCUGGGACUUCUUCAAGGUCUACUAAGUUGGUUCAUGGAGGGGUACGUUAUCUGGAGAAAGCUGUUUUUAACUUGGACUAUGGGCAGUUAAAGCUGGUUUUUCAUGCGCUUGCUGAGCGGAAGCAGGUUAUCGACAAUGCUCCCCACCUCUGCCAUGCCUUGCCGUGCAUGACCCCUUGUUUUAACUGGUUUGAGGUGGUCUACUAUUGGAUGGGUUUGAAAAUGUAUGAUCUUGUAGCUGGGCGGCAUCUGCUACAUUUGUCCAGAUAUUACUCUGCUGAUGAGUCUGUUGAACUAUUUCCAACUCUGGCUACGAAAAAUGAAAAUAGAACCUUGAAGGGAACUGUAGUGUAUUAUGAUGGACAAAUGAAUGACUCAAGACUUAAUGUUGCAGUUGCAUGCUCUGCUGCAUUAGCUGGUGCUGCUGUCCUUAAUCAUGCCGAAGUAGUUUCUUUCAUAAAAGAUGAGGCUAGUGGGCGUAUAAUAGGCGCCCGCAUACGAGAUAACUUAUCAGGCCAGGAGUUUGAAACAUAUGCAAAGGUUGUUGUGAAUGCUGCUGGACCAUUUUGUGAUUCUUUACGGAAAAUGGCUGACAAGGAUCUGAAACCCAUUAUCUGUCCUAGUAGUGGUGUUCAUAUUAUCCUGCCCGAUUACUAUUCACCAGAAGGAAUGGGCCUCAUAGUUCCAAAAACCAAAGAUGGCCGUGUUAUAUUUAUGCUACCAUGGCUGGGGAGAACAGUUGCUGGUACUACAGAUUCCAACACUGCUAUCACUAUGCUACCGGAGCCUCAUGAGGAUGAGAUUCAGUUUAUAUUGGAUGCAAUUUGUGAUUAUCUUAAUGUUAAGGUUCGGCGGUCCGAUGUGCUCUCUGCUUGGAGUGGUAUUCGCCCAUUAGCAAUGGAUCCUAAAGCAAAGAACACCGAGAGCAUUUCACGAGACCAUGUUGUAUCUGAGGACUACCCUGGUCUGGUUACGAUAACUGGGGGUAAAUGGACUACUUAUAGGAGCAUGGCAGAAGACGCUCUUGAUGCGGCUAUAAAGUCUGGGAAGUUGAACCCCACCAAUAAAUGCUUAACUUACAACAUACAGCUUAUGGGUGCUGAAGGAUGGGAACCAGCAUCCUUUACUGUGCUUGCUCAACAGUAUGUACGAAUGAAACGGACAUACACUGGCAAAGUUGUUCCUGGUGUGAUGGAUACUAAUGCAGCUAAGCAUUUAUCUCAUGCGUAUGGUACUCGUGCUGUACAUGUUGCUGGUAUAGCUCAGAACGAGAAUCUUGGCAAGCGGCUUGCCCAUGGAUAUCCCUUUUUAGAAGCUGAAGUUGCUUAUUGCGCUCGUCAAGAAUACUGUGAAUCGGCUGUGGAUUUCAUUGCCCGAAGAUGUAGACUGGCUUUCCUGGAUACUGAUGCUGCAAAUCGGGCACUGCCCAGAGUAAUUGAGAUCCUGGCUGCGGAGCACAAAUGGGACAAGUCAAGGCAGAAAGAAGAACUAAAGAAGGGGAAAGAAUUUUUAGAAACCUUCAAGUCAUCUAAGAAUGCUCAGUUCCAUGAUGGGAAGCACAGCUACCUAAUUAUGGCGGCGCUAGCGGCGGCGGUGGCUGCGGCAACCUCCGCUUUUACUACCAUUCACCUCUCGAGACCAGCUAUUACUCUUACGAGAAGCACGCACCGCCAUUUCCGCACCGUUAUCACUUCCUCACUGUCUUCCUCCGCCACUGAAUUCAACAUCACCUUCGCCCCUCCCAAGCCAAAGCCAAAGCCCAAACCCGAACCUGUUGAAGCUCCGUCUCCGAAUUCGGACCAUGAUUCGUCGGGUGAAUUGCCUGACCAACUCUACAUCCCAUGGAUUGUCCGUGACGAGAACGGUAAUCUCACUCUACAGUCCACUCCUCCGGCGCGUUUACUGAAUGCAAUGGCCAUUGCAGAGACCGGGAGUAAGAAGAAGAAGAAAGAGAAAGUGAAAGAAAAAAGCAAAAUUUCCGAAGCGAAGCAGGUGGCUUCCUCUGUCAAGCCAAAACUCUCGAAAGCGGCUCGCCGUUUUUAUAAUGAGAAUUUCCGGGAUCCACCUCAGCGUCUAAACAAGGUCCUAGCUGCUGCCGGAGUGGCCUCUAGGCGGAGCAGCGAUGAGCUUAUUUUUGGAGGCAAAGUGACGGUCAAUGGUUCAGUAUGCAAAACUCCUCAGACCAGAGUCGAUCCUCUGAGGGAUGUCAUAUUUGUCAAUGGCAGCCGCUUGCCGAGGAGACUGCCUCCUAAAGUCUACUUUGCCUUGAACAAGCCAAAAGGGUACAUUUGCUCAGCUGGGGAGAAUGAUACAAAAUCUGUGUUGUCUUUGUUUAAUGAUUUCAUGAAGAGUUGGGAUAGAAUGAACCCAGGGCUACCAAAACCAAGACUAUUUACUGUUGGUCGUCUUGAUGUUGCCACAACCGGAUUAAUCAUCGUGACUAAUGAUGGGGAUUUUGCUCAGAAGAUCUCUCACCCUUCAUCUAAUCUGACAAAGGAAUAUAUUGCAACUGUUGAUGGUUCUGUCCAUAAGCAGCACUUGAUCACCAUUAGUGAGGGAACUAUAGUUGAUGGUGUUCGUUGCGUGCCUGAAGUUGUAGAGCUGCUGCCCCAACAGCCAGAUAUACCGAGGCCACGAAUUCGGAUUGUGGUUCAUGAGGGAAGAAACCAUGAAGUACGAGAACUUGUGAAAAGUGCUGGGCUUGAGGUUCAUGCAUUGAAGCGUGUACGUAUUGGUGGUUUCAGGCUUCCAACAGAUCUUGCGCUUGGGAAGCAUAUUCAACUAAAACCAGCAAAUCUCCGAGCUCUGGGUUGGAAAAGCUGA